AAUUCGGUACAAGGUAUUUACUUUACCAGCUGUUCAAUCAUAUGGCAAGUUGACUUGUCACGAUCACGUUGUUAAAAUGUCAAUGUAGUGCCAUAAAUUUAAACUUUGUGAUAUAAAUUCUAUUUUAUAUAACAAUCAACGUGGAAAAAUCUUAUAAAUAAUAUUAUAAUUUAUAUUUUAUUAAACAAUACUUUACAUUGUUACAUACGUAUAUAUAUUAAUUGAUUGUUAGAUACACGUAAUGUGUCACUUAUUUACGAAAUAAAAGUGAAAAAUUAUUUCCGUAAGAUUUAUGCUAUUUUUAAUUAAUAAUGGAAGGCAUUAAUGAUCUCGAACAGUUUCUUGCUGAUACUUGGCACGAUGUUGCUGGUUUUGUAAGUGGAUCUGCAGUUUAUAUAGAUCAUGCAGCAACGGAAUGCCUUCAUUGGCAUACUGGUGGCAAGAUAUAUUCCUUCUUUAAGGAUGCUGGUGCAAUGUCAGUUCACGAACUUGCCAUGUACAAUUUUCGUUAUGUCAAGGUACAAAAUUGCAAGAAAGCAGUUAUUAUUACUACUUCUACCGAUCUAGCCUUUUAUCAACGUACAGUCAAGAUGAUAUUGGAGAAGAAUGCAUUUGAACACUGUACAAUUAUUACUGCCGCACAUUCAAGUGUAUUGAAUUAUGAUGACACUGUGCCACCAGAGGAUAGAACAGAUUAUGCCAAAUUAAAAAAACACAUAAAAAGUUGGAUGGAUUCUAAUCGGAUGUUGGAAGUGACAAUACUAUUUCGACCAAUUUUUAUUAGCCUAAUUGAUAAUGGUCUAUUUGUAACACCACCCUUUAAUGAUCUAUUAUCACCCUUAAAUAGCACGUUGUUAAAGGAUUCCGAACAUACAGUUGAUUAUUUUGUAAGUUUGUUUAAUAGUUUAUUAACAUAUUUGAAUUUGAAGGAAGAUAUUUAUUCAAUGGGAAAACUUAGCGAAUAUGUUGCUGAAAAAUUAGAAACACUACCAAUGGCUAUCGAUCGUAGGAACAGUUUAGUUGGUGCAAAUGGAAAAGGAAUAUCAUUAAUCUUUAUCGACAGAACAUUAGAUUUUUGUACUUCCACUAGUAAUAAUACUGAAUCCUUGCUCGCUAGGAUAUUGUGCACUUUGCCUCAUUUACCUCAUCACUGCAACGAUGUCGCAAUAAAUAUGUCUCCUUUGUUUUGCGGCCUACAGAAAUUUGUCGAUGUACCAGGAUGCUUGGCCAGCAAUGACAAAACUCUGAUGAAUGUAUUGAUUACGAAAAAACAAAAAGACGUAUUGGUUACUACGAAUAAAAUUCUCAUCGAUAUACUUUCAAAAGAAAAUUUAAAACUAAGAGAAAAUCUGAAGCCCAAAGUAGCAACGAGAAUUUCUGCACAUAGUUUAGAGAAGCUUGUAAAUAAAUUUAAAGACAUAGAUGAUCUUCGUGCUAUAUCAGAAUCAAGCAAAGAGCUUCAAGUGGUACUGGGAAUCAUACAGGCUCUGACGUCAGAAAAGACUUCGCAAUUAGAAUUGUUAAUUAGUCUCGAGAAACUACUUUUACAAAAUAUAGCUGUAAGUCGUGACUCUACGAGCGUGCUUGGACAGUUAAGUAAUAUCAUAAAAACUCGCGAGAAACGAGGGCUGAAUACAGAUAACAUAUUAGCACUUUUGAUACAUAUCUAUGCACUUGCUGGAACUGAGAUACAGUUUUCUAUUCAACAAGAGCAGCAACUACAAGAAGCCAUCACUAAUGCUAUAUUUGAGGACAUUACGAAAUUAAAGGAAAAUACAGUAAAUAAUAACAUGUCGGCGUAUCAACAAACUUUAUUGUAUUUUGGUGUUACAGAUGCUGAGGUUAUAAAGGAAACAUCUGUAAAAAUAGCAAAACACAUUAUGGAUAUCUUACAUGAAAUAGCACAGCAACGCGCAUUUCUACAUAACUAUACUUCCUUGAUGUCCAAAUCGAGUUCUCAAGAGAUUGUUCAACGUAUUGGCAUUUUGCAACAAUUAUUAACAGAUUUACUUCAUCCAGAUAGACAUGACCUUCCCGAUUUACACCAGAGAUCAUCCUCGUUUGUUUCUGCUGGAUUCAACUUAUUUUCUAAAGGAAGAAUCAAACGUCAUCCAUGUGAUAAUAAUUGGAUUAUCAUUUACAUAAUUGGAGGUAUAACACCGGAAGAAGUAAGAGAAACUAAAGAAAUCAUAUCAUCAUUUCAUUCAAAUUGCCAAGUAACAAUAGCAGGUUCGGGACUGUUAAAUCCAUUAGACAUAGUCAAUAAGGUUCUUCUCUCAUCAAUUGAUUAUUGAAACAUUUUGCAAACUUGCAAUUAUGUUUUAUUACUGAAUCCAUUUUAUACCAGAAUCAGAGAUUGUAUAACAAAUCUGUUUUACAUUAUUGGUGGAUUGUACACGACAUGUAAAUUGCUGAGUUACAGUACUUUUGCCUA